ACGGCGUCCUUUGCGUUUGCGUUUGCGUUUUCUCUCUCCAACCAAUACUUUCAUUUAUACCAUAAUAACUAUGUCGGCUGCAUCUGCCGCUGCCGCCGCCUCUUCCGCCGCCCUAGCUAAUCGCAGACGACAAAACAACAACUCAUGUAAUCGCAGCAACGCCAAUUCCUCUCUUACGUCUCUAACCGCCAUGAUCAUCGGCACCAACUUCCAACCUCCACUAAUUCAAGCCACAUUCGGUCGUUACGAAUCACAGAAACGCGACGAUUGGAACAUGUUCAUCCAAUUUCUCCGCACCCACAGUCCUCCGCUCCUUCUAAGCCGCUGCAGCGGCAAUCACGUUGUCGAAUUUCUCCUUUACCUCGACCAAUUCGGAAAGACAAAGGUUCAUUGCGAGAGUUGUCGCUUCUUUGGAGAACCUCAACCUUCUUCUUUGCUCUGUUCUUGCCCCUGUCCUCUCCGCCAGGGUUGGGGCCGCCUUGACGCCAUAGUGGGUCGUCUUCGUGUUGCCUUUGAGGAAAACGGAGGCUCGCCGGAGAUGAAUCUGUUCAGAUCCUUAGCGGUUAAGCUUUAUCUUCGUGAAGUUAGGGAUGAACAGGCCAAAAGCAGGGGAGUGAUUACUUACUAGAAGAAGGAAGAAGAAGAUACAUAGUCUGUCUAAUCUCGUGGAUUUAUUCGCCGGCGGAAUUGGAUCGUCUGAUCAUGAAAGUGACGAUCUUUCUAACUAAAUCGCCGGUGAAGAAAACUUUGCGUUUCAGCGACGGCGUCCGAGAAAGCAAGUGUGGGAAGAAGAAAUAUGGGGUUUCUGAUUAAUAAUAAUCUUUAAAUAAUUUAACAAGUUGGAUUAAACUUAUUUAAAGAUUUUUAUUUGUUUUUAAAUAUUAUUAUUGUGGAUUUAUAAUGUGGGGGAGAUAUAAAAUGUAGUGGUGUAUAUUAAGUUUUAAAAAGUGUAAAAGUAUAUGCAUUUACUUUUGUGCUAGCUAAUUGGAAUUGCUAAUU